AGCUUGUCACUGCUUGCCUUGCCUUCACUUGCUCAGAGAUCUGACUUCACGUACAGCUGGUGCUCCAUCACCUGUUCUUCCCUCAUAUUGCUCCACUCCAGGUUCUUCCAGCCCUAUUCACACAGCACCUCCUCAUGUUCGGACCGGAUAAGUUGGGAUUCGAAAUGGACUUCGGCUUCAGGAACACGGCUUCUAUAGGCGACUUUAACCCUUUCAGCGCCAGCAUCCCAGCCACCAAAGUGGAGUUAACAGUGUCGUGCAGGAAUCUCUUGGACCGAGAUACAUUUUCAAAAUCAGAUCCAAUAUGUGUAUUAUAUACUCAAGGUAUUGGAAACAAGGAAUGGAGAGAGUAUGGGAGGACAGAAGUGAUCGACAACACUUUAAAUCCAGACUUUGUAAGAAAAUUUGUAAUGGACUACUUUUUUGAGGAAAGACAGAAUCUUCGAUUUGAUUUAUAUGAUGUUGAUUCCAAAAGCCCCAAUUUAGCAAAGCAUGAUUUCCUGGGACAGAUGUUUUGCACGUUGGGUGAAAUAGUUGGUUCACAAGCAAGUCGGCUUGAAAAGAAUGUAACAGGGAUUCCAGGAAAAAAUUGUGGAACAAUCAUAGUUUCAGCAGAAGAGCUGAAUAAUUGCAGAGAAUCUGUGUUAAUGCAACUGUGUGCCAAUAAACUCGACAAGAAAGACUUUUUUGGAAAAUCUGAUCCCUUUUUAGUUUUCUACAGAAGUAAUGAAGAUGGAAGCUUCACAAUCUGCCACAAAACAGAAGUUGUAAAAAACACAUUAAAUCCUGUAUGGCAGGCUUUUAAGGUUCCAGUAAGAGCGCUGUGCAAUGGAGAUUUUGACAGGACAAUUAAAGUAGAAGUCUAUGACUGGGACAGAGAUGGAAGUCAUGAUUUCAUCGGUGAAUUCACAACUAGUUACAGGGAGCUGUCGAGAGGACAGUCUCAAUUUAAUGUUUAUGAGGUAAUAAACCCAAAGAAGAAAGGGAAAAAGAAAAAAUAUCUGAACUCUGGCACUGUGACCCUGCUUUCAUUUUUAGUGGAAACAGAAGUCUCAUUCCUUGACUAUAUUAAAGGAGGGACACAAAUCAAUUUCACAGUUGCUAUAGAUUUCACUGCAUCAAAUGGUAACCCUGCACAGCCCACCUCGCUGCAUUACAUGAAUCCUUAUCAGCUGAAUGCAUAUGGCAUGGCACUAAAGGCAGUUGGGGAAAUUAUUCAGGAUUAUGACAGUGAUAAAAUGUUUCCGGCAUUAGGAUUUGGAGCAAAAUUGCCACCUGAUGGAAGAGUAUGUCAUGAAUUUGCUUUGAAUGGAAAUCCUCAAAAUCCAUAUUGUAAUGGAAUAGAAGGAGUAAUGGAAGCUUAUUACAGAAGUUUGAAAAGUGUGCAGCUCUAUGGACCCACAAACUUUGCUCCAGUAAUUAACCAUGUUGCACGAUAUGCUGCUUCAAUAAAGGAUGGCUCCCAAUAUUUCAUUCUGCUGAUUAUUACAGAUGGAGUUAUCUCUGACAUGGCUCAGACAAAGGAGGCAAUAGUAAAUGCUUCCAAGCUUCCAAUGUCCAUUAUCAUUGUAGGAGUGGGACCUGCAGAAUUUGAUGCCAUGAUAGAGUUGGAUGGAGAUGAAGUGCGAGUGUCAUCAAGAGGACGUUAUGCAGAACGGGACAUUGUACAGUUUGUUCCUUUCCGGGAUUACAUUGACCGAAGUGGAAACCACAUACUAAGCAUGGCACGACUUGCCAAGGAUGUACUAGCAGAGAUUCCAGACCAAUUUCUCUUGUACAUGAGGUCCAGAGGAUUCAAGCCAUUUCCUGCACCACCUCCUUAUACACCUACAGGACACCUUUUACAAACUCAGAUCUGACCUUUCAUAAAGUACACUACUUCCAAACUCUUUUAAAAUCUUAUAAGCUGCGAAGUCAGCUUCCAAGUCAAGGUGCACUAAGAGAGAAUUAACAGGACUGCUCUUCUGAAUGAAAUAUUGAAUGCUUUUUUUGGAUCUAAAAGAUUCUGUUUACAGACCAAAACUGUAAAUAUGGUAUAUGAGAAAAUAGAAAGAUUUUGAAUACUUGGCAGGAAAAACAUAUUCCUAUCUGAGUCUUAUUUUUGUGAUCAUUCAUUUAUAUUGGGUUGUUGGGGAAAGCACAAAUCACACUUUUAAUCCAAACUGUAUUGCUCUCCCUGGCAUAUCUAUUUUAAUGGGAAUGCAAUUCCUUUAUGUCAAUGUUUACAUGUUACUAAUUUUUAAAUUUCAAUACUUUUGUAACUAUUCUUAAAAAAAAUAUAACAAAAAACACAUACAUGAUAUAGAAUCCAUUGUCUUCUAGCUGGCAAUAAAUAUAGCCACAAAAAGAGCAAUAUCCCUUCAAGGAAUUUCCUAGACAAAUUUAAAAGCAAGCAAAGGACAAUUGUGGUUCAUACCUCGCUAAAGAAA